UUUCAGUGAAUAUUUGAAAAUGAAAUCAAUCCCAAAAUAGAUAAACCAUGAAAAAUUUUGGAUAAUUUCUUUCCGUUUGAUUCAUCAAAAGGAGCCCUUUGGUAUAGAACAUAAUUACAAGUUUGAGCCUUUAACUAACCUCGAGUCCAACACCAAAUCUGGCGGGAAAAACAAACCGGGCCUAGUCAGCCACUGCCAGGGAUAGUUUGUGGCCACGGUGUUUCACAGUAGAAGAAGUCGAUUAAAGUUCGCUGAUCGUAGUAUUGCUGCAGAGCCGGUGUAAUUGAAAUAAUGGCCGCCCUUUCCAGUGUCUCCCUUUCAGAUGUAUCGAAAGAUUUGCUGAGAUCUUUAAAAGAGUGUAAUGCGCGCGGUCUUAUUCACUCGGCAAAUUGGGCAAUUGAAUUGGUUUCUUCGCUUCCUCCUUUAAAGACCCUACCAACAUUUGAAGAAGAAGCAACAGAGGAAUUCAAAGAUGAUUUUUAUUCAUACAACUUGGCCAAAGGCUAUUUUGAUUUAAAGGAAUUUGAAAGAGCUUCACAUGUUUCAAGAAACUGCAGGAGUCACAAAGGAUAUUUUUUGCACCUGUAUUCACUGUAUAUGAGUGGUGAAAAGAAGAAAAGAUACCAAAUGGUAGAUGUUCUUGAACCAAGUAGCAAAGCAGUUGAAAAUGAAGAGUUGAGAGGACUUAGGGCAGAACUACAGAACAAUAUUGAUAAAUUGGAUGGAUACUGUUUUUAUUUAUAUGGUGUUGUGUUAAAUGGGUUGAGUCUGUAUACUGAAGCAAUUGAAAUGUUGUUGAAGGCUGUGGAAAAAGAACCUGUUCACUGGGGUGCAUGGAAAGAGCUUGCUUCAAUUUGCAAAAAUAGAGAAACUCUUCAAAACCUGAAGUUGCCAAAUCACUGGAUGGCAGAAUUCUUUCAAGCUCAAGCAGAACUGGAGGUGCAAAUGACAGAAGAGGCCUUAAGAAGAUAUGAAAAUAUCUGUUCUGCUGGCUUUGCAAAAAGUACAUAUGUUAAACAGCAAAUGGCAUUGGCUUAUUAUAAUCUGAGGGAUUUUGUUCAAGCAACGGAACACUUCAAAGAUCUUCAAACCAAGGACCCUUACAUGUUAGACCAUGUUGACACUUAUUCAAAUAUUCUUUACAUCCAGGACUCAAAAGCUGAACUGAGUUACUUAGCUCACAGAGUUGCUGAAGUGGACAAAUACAGAUAUGAAUCUUGUGGAGUUAUAGGAAAUUAUUACAGUCUUAGAGGACAACAUGAAAAAGCAGUACUGUACUUUCGUCAAGCAUUAAAACUGAAUCCGCAACACGUGGUCGCGUGGACGCUCCUUGGCCACGAGUACGUAGAAUUAAAGAACACAUCAGCCGCAAUAGAGUCAUACAGGAGAGCUACUGAGGCAAGUGCAAAGGACUACAGAGCGUGGUAUGGACUUGGUCAGACGUAUGAAAUAUUAAAGAUGCCCUACUAUUCGCUUUAUUACUACAACGAAGCAUAUAAACUAAGGCCUUACGAUUCGCGGAUACUGAUAGCUUUGGGUGAUACAUACCAUAGCUUGGACAAAAACGAGGAAGCUAAAAAGUGCUAUCUGAAGGCUUUUAGAAUUGGUGACCCUGAAGGACAAGCUUCAAUGAAAGUUGCAAAGCUCUAUUUACAAUCAGGUGAAGAAGACAAUGCAUUUAGACUGUAUUCGAUCGUGCUUGACGAUACGGAUCAAUCAGCCUUUCAUACCAGUGAAGACGUUGCUAAGGGACUUGUGUUUGCUGCCAGGUAUUGCUUGAAAACGGGAAAAUAUAGCGAGGCCGAGGCUUAUGGACGAAGGGCGACUGAGCAUAUUGAGACUAGAGAAGAGGCAAGAAGUCUUCUUUACGAGAUCAGACAAGCUCGGCUUGGCAACGAGGCCUCAGACGUUGCAGCAUAUCCUUUCACUACGCCUUCUUAGCCACAAUGGACUUGAUGUUGAUCUUCCGAGGAAACCAAUCAAAAGGAAACGAUUCCAAGAAUUCAGAAAGUUGACGAAUCCUCGAGAAAGCAGGAUAGCAAAUUCGUAAUAGGACGUCUACCUUUGAAGUCAUAUUUUAUCAUCAAGACACUUCUUAGGUGUUCUGCAGAUCUACUAAAAUUCUCCUAUGUACAAAACGUGAGCUUUAUUGCAGAGGUAUAAUAAGAAAGGGGAGCUUAUAACUUGAUAUUUCAGAUUAUUCAAACAGGAAAAAUCGUUAUUAUAAAGGUGUAUUAUCAAUAAGAGGGCAUCUAGACCUAUUUUGAUUGAUAUUCGCAUCAUGGCCCCUUUGAAAAACAUUACUUUUUGGUUGCCAGUGCCAUACGAAUUAUCAAUUUUCUCAAGAAAGAUCUGCAGUAUUGUAAAUUAGAAGUAUCUUACUCAGCAAUGACUCUAUGUUGAAAAUUUGCUGCUAGAACUCUACUGUAAUAUGGAUUCUAUUAUUUUGUAGAUCCCAAACAGCAUUGCCAUGCAAAUAGCGAUUAUUCUUCGUGUAGCCUCGUUUUAAUCUAGCGCAUAUAUGACGUAAAUUCUUUUAAUGUCUCGCAAAGCAGCCCAAUGUAGUCAAUGCAAUUCAUGCCUCUGCUCUAAUAAAGGCGACGCUCUUUUAUUGAUAAAUUUGUUUGCAAUUAUUUCAUACAUGUGCCUUCUAUACAUUUUAUUUGUCGAGGAAA